AUGGGCCGUACUACUGGCAGAGGAGCUAGCAGCUCCUCGAUCAGCUCCUUGAUCUUGAUACUGGCCUCCAUCGCACACGCAUUUUAUAUCCCAGGCUACUCGAUAAAAAGCUAUAAGGACGACGAGAACAUACCACUGCUCGUGAACAAGCUGUUCUCGGACAACAGCGAGCUACAGUAUGCCUACUAUGACCUCCCGUUUGUCUGUCCGCCCUCAGGCCACACUCAUAAUGGCUCGAAGUACGCCAGCGGCCAUUCCGUCGCCCUCAAUCUGGGCGAAGUCCUUCGGGGUGACAGAAUAAAGAAUUCCGACAUCGAGGUGAACAUGCUGCAGGAUGUUGAGUGUCAAUACCUGUGUGACCGCGUCGUCGAUCGCUGGCAGAUUCGAUGGGCGCGGGACUUGAUUGAUGACGGAUAUGUUGCCGAGUGGAUUCUGGACAAUCUGCCUGGAGCGACGUCCUUCGUCACCGUCGACCGCUCCAAGAAAUACUACAGUGCUGGCUUCAAACUAGGCUACAAAGACUUCGACCCAGCCACAGGGCAGCCACAGUACUUUAUGAACAAUCAUUAUACGAUUGUAGUAAGGUGGAGAAAGGCUCCAGGAAAAGCCGGAGAUCGCGGCGGCAAGGUCGUCGUAGCUUUCGAAGUGUAUCCGAAGAGCUUGAAUGCAGGCCAGCGGAAUGAGACGGGAUGUCCGCUGGACGUGGAGGCCGACCACAAGCCGAUGCAGCUUUACAUACCGCCCGUUGCGACCCCCGAUUUGCGCAAACAGUACCCAGACUCUUCCUACAUUCCGGCGAGUGGAAUCGAUAUGAACGACGGGGCCACAAUGUCGAUACCUUACACUUAUUCCGUCUACUUCCGGGAGUCGGAGGACAUCGAAUGGGACCAUCGCUGGGACCUGUAUUUUAGCGAUCAGGCCGAAACCACUUUUACACACUGGCUGGCUAUUGUCAACUCCAUUAUCAUCUCAGGCAUCCUCGGCACAGUCUGCAUCGUAAUCUGGGGGCGUACCAUGCAAGGUGAUGUGAAGGGCCGAGGUGAUGGCGUGCUCGAAGAGGCCCGAUUGAAAGCGAAGAAAAGGCCAGAGAAGAGGAAGUCCUCCGGUCUUUUGGAGAAGCUCGGAGAGACCACGGCGGAGGACGAGCUAUCUGAAGACGAAGUGAUGGAAGAUCUCACUGGUUGGAAAUUGCUUCACGCCGAUGUUUUCAGGGCGCCUAGGUAUGGCGGUCUCCUAGCUCCCUUAGCCGGCUCUGGCAUACAGAUUGUAUUUGUGGUUGCCGGACUGCUGCUACUGAGUACAUUCGGUGUUCUUAAUCCGAGUUGGCGAGGAGGCUUCGUCAGCGUGGGUGUAUUCUUGUAUGUCGCUGCUGGACUGGGAUCAGGAUAUCUCUCUGCAAGAGUAUACAAGACCUUCGGUGGUCAAAGCCCGCAAAAGAACACAGUCAUGACAGCUUUGCUUUUCCCAGGCCUGUCAUUUGCGUUCAUUUUUGUCCUCAAUAUGUUCACCUGGGCACAAGCUUCAUCGACUGCUUUACCUUUCUCGACUCUGUUGGGGCUGGUCUGUCUGUGGCUCCUGAUACAGGUGCCUCUGGUCCAUAUCGGAGCCAACUACGGAUACCACAGGUCGCCAGUCUGGGAGCAUCCGACCAGAACGUCCAGCAUACCUCGUCAAGUUCCUCCGCAGCAAUGGUACACCCGCAAUCCUUUCACUUUACCUCUGCUGGCGGGCCUGGUGCCUUUCGCCGUGCUCUUCAUCGAGCUUCUCUUCGUCUUCAAAUCACUCUACUUGGAUAAGUCAUCAUACUAUUACGUGUUUGGCUUCCUCAGCAUAAUAUCUGGUCUGUUGGCCAUCACCGUGGCAGAGACAGUGCUUAUAAGCACUUACAUUCUUCUGUCUUCCGAGAAUCAUCACUGGUGGUGGCAAUCGUUUCUCGUCGGUGGCGCGUCGGGGUGGUGGAUCUUCGUCUAUUCGUCGUGGUACUACAUGACGAAGUUGCAUAUCGAAGGAUUUGUUAGCAGUUUACUGUUCUUUAGCUAUUCGGCGUUGGCAUGUACGGUGUAUACUUUGGCGACGGGAAGCAUUGGGUUCCUUACAGCUUACGCCUUUGUGCGCAGGAUAUACGGCGGCGUCAAAGUCGACUAG